UUGUAAGAAUAGACAGCCACAAGAUUUGACACUCUGGGAAUGGGAUCACUAAUAAGAACCAAGAAAAACGUUCGAUUCUUUCGAGUUUUCCCACUCCAAAGACUUCUCUUCAUUCAAAGGGAAUAACUCUACAUGCAGCUAAAUGGAAGAGGGAUAAUACCUGACUUAAAGAAAAUCACAAAUGGGAUAAAAGUAGGAAGAAAUCUUCCAAUAUAGGCUACAGCAGGUUUUCAUUUUGUUAUAAGCUAUCACAUGAAGGGUAUUUGUUAUUUAUUUCAUGUUGGUUUUAUCUUGUGGCCUUUAUUAGAAAACGAAAUUUAACAUGCCUAUUAAGUUCGCCUAAUCAAUGUUUCAUCGGAUUAUCAAAUGAAAAAAAUCAUAUUCUAUUUAAUUUGGAAUUUCUUAUAGCCUAUAAUUAGACAAUUUGACUAUGAUAACAAUAUCCGCUUUUUUUCAAAGUAAAAGAUAAGCCAGUGAAGGCUUUGGACUACAUGCAGAACAUCUCAAAAAACAGCCUUGUGUUGAAGCAACGGAAGUCUUUUGUGUCAGAAAGCCUACUCUGAUUUCUAAAGGUGCGUCUUUGGGGCUGGCAAAGUGCAUGGCGCAUAAAGGUGUUGGACCAAAGAGAGUAUUAGCUUUAUACAGAAACCAUGGCAAAGUGGUUCAAAGAAUUCCCCAUCAAUUUGAAGAACGGUACUGAUAGGAUCCGCUCAGCUUCAGAAUCAGGUUCCCAAUCCAGGGGUAAACUUGGACUGGUAGCUGGCAUUGGCACCAAAGUAACCAGCUCCAAAGUGAGUUCGAGCAAAAACUCGGGAAUGGAUAGUAGUGGCGGUGGUGGAGGCGUCGGUGCUCUACUGCCUGGAAGAAAUAGAAAAAAUUCUGCCAUCGAACUGGGAAGGAAUGGCACACGUUCGAUAAAGGAUGGAAACGUUUGGGAUAGCCUUAUAGGUAAAAGUCGCAAAAAUUCCAAAGCAGAAACGCCAGUGUUUGAUGAGCACCAGCCACUGAAAAGUUCCAGUUCUGCGAAUGCCUACAUCAGUCGUCUGAUUAAAGUCGAUAAGAAGGACAAGAGCCCAAACUUCAACAGCAGCCCAGUGGUACUCGAUACAGAGAAAUCACAGCCACUGUGCAAAACAGAAACGGUGAUCAUUCUUGAGGACUAUGCAGAUCCCUUUGACGCCCACAAGACUCGGGAGCAGAGGGAUGCGGAGAGAGAGGGGGAAAAUGAUGGAUACAUGGAGCCUUACGAUGCGCAGCAGAUGAUCACAGAGAUCAGACGGAGGGGUUCCAAGGACAUGCUGAAGAUGUGUGUCCUGCUGGAGGGGGUUGAGGGGGAGGUGGAGGAGGGGCGACCCGUGCCCCCCCAGAUCUACGACAUGACCUAUGAGGGUGGUGUGGAGGGUGACGGAGGGAGCGUGAAGACCCCGGUCACCAGGCCAGAGUUAGAUCCCCGGCUCCCUGCUGAGAACCAGCUGCCCUGGGAGUGGAAGAAGGAACAGACUGUCAAGGCUCUGCCUGCCCAGUUUGACAGCCCUGAGCACCCCACCCCAACCAAAGAGGAUCCCCCCGCCCUCACCCUCACACGGCAGCCCCAGCAGCAGCCCCAACAGCAGCAGCAGCAUCUGCGACAAAAGAGCUGGAGCCAGAAGAUCCUGAAGUCCUCUCCUACUUUCUUACCCUCCCUCUCCUCCCCACCCAGCAUCAGCCCUGAGGCAGAGGUGUGCCGGGUGGACCCCACCCUGCCCCUGGAGAAACAGAGCUGGUACCAUGGCUGUGUAACACGCCAGGAGGCAGAGUCUCAGCUCCAGUCCUGCAAAGAGGCCAGUUUCCUGGUGAGGAACAGUGAAUCAGGAACCAGCAAAUACUCCAUUGCGUUAAAGACAAGCCAGGGCUGUGUUCACAUCAUUGUUGCCCAAACAAAGGAGAAUGGCUACACGCUGGACCAGAGUAGCUGUGUGUUUCCCAGCAUUCCAGAGGUGGUGCACCACUACGGCACUCAGCGGCUGCCUUUCAAUGGGGCCGAGCACAUGGCCCUGCUGUACCCCGUGCCACGCCUUUAUUGACUCCACCCCCACCACACUCAGGUGUACCUCAACAACCCCAUGCCUCUGCAUCUGCAUGAAAUCAUCCUCAACGAACUCCAAUCUAAUGCUGGCCCCCAACAGCCUCAAUACAUAUAUCUCUUUAUCUAUUAUCAUUCACUCUUCAGUCCCUCUCUCUUUAAUGUUAUUUAAUCCAUCAAAACGACUUAUUUUCUCCUGGAUCAACAGAAGACAGCAAGCUCAGAGACCUGGGUAUUGCUCUUGCUGUACAAUGAUUCCCUCACCUUUCAUAUGCAGCUAAUGCAAAACACCCAGGCUUCUGUUUUGCAUGUGAAACUUGGGAGAAACUCAACUCAUGCCUUGAUUGUGCAAAUGGGGCAGAAAUGAAUGAUCAAAUGAGUCAGAGCCCUGCCAGUUAGAAUUUAGUCAGAAUUUCUACUCUCAAUUCAAAGAUGUGUAGAGAAUACAGUAUCAUUAAUCAUAAUUUUGGUUUAAGCUGCAAAGGGAUAAAGCUAGUGCUUUGUUCGAAUGAAAAACAGUAAAGUGACUCUCUCACCCUCUGGUGGAUGUGCUGGCUCACUACACCAACUGUACACAACCCUGUGGAGAACAACAACUACUGUACCUGACAAAGACUACUAUAGGGAAAGGGUGAUACCUAGUCAGUUGUACAACUGAAUGCAUUCAACUGAAAUGUGUCUUCUGUAUUUAACCCAACCCCUCUGAAUCAAAGAGGUGCUGGGGGCUACCUUAAUCGACAUCCACAUCAUCGGUGCCCGGGGAACAGUGGGUUAGCUGCCUUGCUCAGGGGCAGAACGACAAAUUUUUACCUUGUCAGCUCGGGGAUUCGAUCCAGCAACAUUUCGGUUACUGGCCCAACGCUAUCCAACACUGUACAAAGACUACUUCAACGUCUACGCUCACAGCAAACAUUUAACUUAUGUUCUUAGCCUUCUUUUUUAUAUAAAGGAGAGACAUCCUCCCAUCACCCAAUUUUCCUCAUCUUAUCUACUGUACAGUGAACAGUGACAGUUGUGUGGCUAUCUGUACCACCUGCACUGUGAACCAUUGAGUGAUUCACCCUAAUGUAAUGCGCCAUGGGUUAGGCUAGCGUCACCCUAUGGGAUUGAAUAUCCCUUGAUAAUUAGAUUAAACCGCAGGCUCCUAAUCCUGGUCUUCAAGUACCCACAUGUAUGCCGGUUUUCACCUCAUAUGAUGUCUGCAUCAUUAAUAGAAUUGUUGUUUGAGCACUCAUAUGACUGGUUUGAUUUUUGUGGUCUGUCGCUGUAAAACCCUGACCGUGGCCAAUUUUCCAUAAAGUCAGUGACUGUAAAACUGAGCAUCAACAACUAGUUAAGAUGUUGUUGGGAAGCUGAUGGGGUUGUUCCAUGUGUUAACUGCUGACUGAAACAAACCAAGAAACAAAAUACUUGAUUUAGAUGCACAGCGCUGUGGAAUAUGACUGAAAAUGUGUCAACAGACCCCAUGUUAAUUUCCAAUGUAAAUUGGUGAGAUAUUUGGUGGAGGAAAAAAAUCUGAUGUUUGAUCUGUGCCUUUACCUUCCCUGUCACAUUGCACCACCUGGUGCUAACAAAUGGACCAACAAAAUAUAAAGUGGCGAUGCAUGCUUGCUUUGAUUUGAUACUACGUUGUCUCGCUCACCUGCCGGCUCUUUCUACAAUUCGAGCCUGGGGACGAGGUUAGAUACCAUGUAACCCUAGAUAAUGACUUGUGUGUGUACUCGUUAUGAAAAGAUAUGCUAAUACCAUUGUCAAUCCUACUUUGUCUUUUGGUGUGAAACAAGAAUGAGUUUCUGAUGUGGCUGAUUUAAAUAAAAUGUCCUUAGUCAGUGGUUGUUUACCUAUAUCCUGGGGACAUUUGUAGUCUCUCUUUUAUUAUUAUUCAAGUGGAGCAUACACGUAGGAAUCUCAAAUGAUUAUUAUACACUUGGUUAAAUAGCCAAUUGUCUAGUUGCUAUUAUUGACAGCUCUGAUCGACAUGUUCAAUUGGCAUGGCUGGUGUGACGUUCCCCUGUGGGGUUAUAUAGGUUCCUCCCAACUUGUCCUACUCAAGGCUCUGAUGAAGGCGAACUCCACCGAAACGUAUGCCUGUUUGUUUGUCCCGUUAAUAAAUCAAUCAGAUCUUUA